GUCACAUGUCAAAGUCAACAUGUAGAAAUUUUAAAUAUUUUGAAAUUGUUUAUAUACAUUUUUUUGAAACUAUCAUAACUAUGAUUCACGAAUGUCUGUUCAAUCUUUGGAACAACCCAGAUGGAGCAGACUUAUCGGAUAACCACAAUUGGACCCACCUGAUGGAAUUGCAAGAAUUUCUCCAUCCAGGGGAACAGAAGCUGUUGCAAAUGAUUGUCGAGAUUGCUGUGGAUUUUCAUAAGAUAUCAAGUUUCAAUCGGACAGUACUAACCCAAACACCUAGUCCAGAAGGUCUCUCCUCGUCAUCCAGCAAGACCCUAUUGCUGUCUCAAACCAAAGCCUCGGAAAAUACUACAAGGAUCCCCACAGGUCUGUACAUCACGGCGUUUUGUAGCGGAGUUCACAAAGUUUUAGAGGGUUACAGAAACGAAACGAUAAAAUUGGAAAACAUGUUUUUACAAAACCCACACCUGUCUCUGACUUGUAUUCUCAGCUCUCUGGAAAAAUAUCGCAGCUUGUUCCAAGUGCUGCUGUCCAUGAUCCAGGUAAUACAGAACGAUAACGUACACGGGUGUCUGUUGAUUGGCAGAUUGCAUAAGCAUGUAAAUUGUGGAGUGGAUCAAAUAGGCAAAGCUGCUGAUCAAAUAAUCAGAUCCAUCAACAAGAUUUUCUACAGACAUUUAUGUAACUGGAUAAUAUACGGAGAUUUGGUAGACACCUAUGGUGAAUUCUUUAUAACAGAUGGCAAAACCGCUGAUGAGAAUUUUCUCUAUCCCGAACAAUUGGUUGACUUGUCUUCAGAUAGCAGUACAAAACUAGGACUAAUCAAAAAAAGCAGAAUACGAAGCCCUCCUAUCGUCCGUAAAUUUUUCAUCAACUGGGAAAUGGUUCCUCUGUUCAUAAGCGACGAAACAGCCGAAAGCAUUCUGUUUAUGGGCAGGAUUGUUUGGAUUGUUAAAAACGAUCCGAAAAAAUCUCGCGAUGAAAACUAUCGCAUCAAAUACGAGAGAGAUAUCUGGGAGGGUAAGGAGACCGACUACUAUAGGAAGGUACAAGGGUUGGAAUCUCAGACCUUCAACAAUAUUGAAUUUCAGAGCACUAUUGAGGAAUGCCGGGUCAAGCUCACAAAGUACUUGUGGUCCGUAAUGCUAGAUGAAGGCAGUUUGGUCGAACAUUUGCACCUCCUCAGAGAUUAUUACGCCUUGGGCAGAGGGGAACUGUUUCAACAAUUCAUUAGAGUGGCCGAAGAUCAUCUGAAAGACACCACCUCAGACUCGAUUGUGCAGAAGCUGAACUUCAUAUUCCUGGAAACUGCCAGGAAAAUCUACGGGGAAAACGACAAAACCUAUCUCAAGUUUGAGCUAACCUCAAAUUCAGACGUUACACGAACAAAUCCAUGGUCUAGACUGCAGAUGAACUUCGAGAUCAACUGGCCUCUGCAUAUAGUCUUUCAUCCGAAAGUGAUGGAGUUGUAUAAUAAGCUGUUCUGCUAUUUAUUGAGACUGCGUAAAACACAGAUAGACCUCCAUAAACUUUGGGCAGAGCAUGUUUCAAACAAGCAGACAAUAGACAGAAGAGUUUGGACCCUUCGACAAAACCUUAUGUUCUUGGUUAAUAACCUUCAGUAUUACUUGCAAGUCGAUGUGAUAGAGGCCCAGUUCUCUUUGUUGCUGAAAGCCGUCGAAAACGCCAACGAAUUCGAAGAUAUAAUCAAGGUUCAUCACGAAUUCAUCACUAAUUUGUUGGCAAAAACGUUUGUGUCUACACCUGAUGAGGAACACAUUUAUGCCAAUAAACACAGACUCUAUCAAGUGCCAGCUGUCCAGUACGAAAUACCUAGCAGGGUUUACAGCAUCAUAAUAAGGCUGCUCGAACUCUGCGACGAAUUCUGUUUGGUGGCCAGCACCUGGAAUUCGGAAUUAACAGAACCCGAAUUGGAAGAGCUCGAAAUAUUUCAAAAAAGAAGCGACACAGUGAUAGAAUCUCUCCUUUUCAUACUCCACAGGUUGCACGAAAAAGUUAGCGGACAGCAUUUGUUGCAGUUGCUUUCUCAGUUAGAUUUCAACAAAUACUUUAGUAAAAACAAGGCUGAUAUUAACUCUACCACGUUCUAAAUUGCAUAUUCAUUUUUUAAUAGCACUCAUAUUAACUUCUGAACUUGGGUUUAGCGCUGGUAACACAAGAAGAAGAAGGAUGACUGCAUUUGGUGUCAGCCGGCUGAAAGCCCUGACAGCCGUGGCCAGUCUAAAUAAGCAUGAGUUUAAGCCCAAGGGUAGUUGAUAAUAAUCCUCAAUUUGUAAUAAAACUAAGAUAUUUUUCAAUGAAAAAACAAAUAAUUGGCCAUUUUAAUAAAUAAAUCACAAUUCCAUGAUAAUA